AUGAGUAUGAACUGUACUGAUUAUUUUCAGAAGUUCAGGAGCAAAAGGCUGGCACGUGCGUGGUACAUCAGAGUUAAAGCCAGGGUAAUCAAAGAUAAACUUGAUAACAGAAAUGACCAGGGCAGCAAACGAAAGGACCUACUGGAUAUUCUGCUCGAAGCGGUCGAUGACGAAACAGGGAAACGUAUGGAUGAAGAGGAAUUAUUUUCUCAGGUGUUCAUAUUUCUAUUUGCUGGACACGAAACAAGCGCGAUUUCUAUGUCACGGAUUGUUUUCUUUCUUGCCCAAACCGUGAUAACAGCAUUACAGGAGGACAACAUCCUGGGUUACAACAUACCUGCUGAUUCAAUGAUUGUUGUACCCCUCUACUCUCUCCAUCGUAAACCUGAGUAUUGGUCGGAUCCAGAAACUUUCAAUCCAGAAAGGUUUUUUGAAGCGUGUUGUGUUGUCAUGACGAUUCAGUAUAGCCAAAAUAAUCCUAACCACUGUUAUGCAUUCAUGCCUUUUUCCUCUGGGUCUCGAAUCUGCAUUGGUUAUAGAUUUGCUUUGAUGGAGAUGAAGGUCGUACUCUUUACUCUUAUCCGAAAAUUUUCGUUUUCAAUGAUUUCUGGAAUGUCAUUUGAAUGCUCCCUUUCGGCUACUUACAAACCUAAGCCCAAUUUGGAACUUUUGGUGCGAAAGAUAGCAGGGUAG